GGUCAGCCAAUAGAAAGCUGCCGUCCGACACAGUUCCUGUGUGCCAACCAGUUAAUGUGUAUAGAAAGACGAUACAGAUGUGACGAGAAGGUGGACUGUCAGGACGGAUCUGAUGAAGACAACUGCAGGCCAUUUAAUGGAGACUGUAAUUUUGAGACUACUCUGUCUCAGUGCCAGUGGAAGCAGAGUAUCGGAGAUGAUGGGGACUGGAUGGUGGCACAUACCACUGUCAACGGACCCAAGAGAGACCACAGAAACACCGCCACAGGUCACUUUAUCUACAUGGACAGCUCCCUGCAGAGCCCAGGGGACGGGGUUAGGGUCCAAACCCCAUUCUUCCCAGCAAGCCAUGGCGUGUGUUACAUGCGAUUCUGGUACUUCAUGUUUGGGUCACCUGGUAUGGGACCCCUGAAGGUGUUCCUGCAGAACAGGAAUGCUAAUACCACAGACCUGGUGUGGGAGAUGGUGGGCAGUCAGGGAGCACAAUGGAAAUAUGUCAACAUCCCAGUAGGAAGUGCCCAAGACUUUUCUGACAUUUUUGAGGCUACAAGAGGGGACCAGGAUCACUCGGACAUUGCCAUUGAUGAUGUUUCUUUCACUCCAGAAUGUGGAACAGGAGCGCCACCUACAGCGCCCAGUCAUAAAGUCUGUUACCAGGGAAAAUUUUUCUGUGCUCCAAAAGAUGUGUGCUUCCCCAACUCCUGGAAAUGUGACGGUGUGCAGGAUUGUCCGGACGGAUCUGAUGAACCAAGCACCUGUCCAACCACACCCCCGGUCACUGGAACAGUGAGCUCCAGAGCUUCAAAGUCCUUACCAGUAACAUCUUCACCCCCUCCCACCACAACCCACAAGAUCAAGACCUCAUGUGCCGAGUCCAAGUUCCAGUGUAAUGAUGACACCUGCAUACCCCUGCUGUUGCUAUGUGAUGCAGUAGCUGAUUGUCCAGACGGAUCGGAUGAAACACCAAGCAACUGUCCUAUACAGAAAUGUGAUGUUGGAUUUUACUACUGCAAACAACAAAGGCAAUGUAUUAAUGGGACACGAUGCGACAAUAUUGACGAUUGUGGAGACAAGACGGAUGAAAGUGUUUGUGGCAAUGCUUGUCCUCCAAAUUUCUGCCAAAGUGGAUCAGUGUGUCAGAAAUCAGGUGUACAGACACUGUCCUGCAGCUGUCCUAAAGGCUUGCAUGGUAUUAGAUGUCAGUAUCGAGAAACAAGCGUGCUGAGACACUCGUCAAAUUCACCGGCAUCAUCCUCUGGCUGGAAGGCAGGCGUGGGCGUUGCCGUGGCGUUGGUUUGCAUUGUGGGCAUUUUCAUAGCAGGCUAUUUCUUAUGGAGAAGACAAAAACAGAGGAACUUCAAUCAAAGACUUGGCAUUGGUUUAGAAAACCCCAGCUAUGAUGGAGGUGAUAUGCAUGAUUUCCAGAUGGAGGACUCCUUUCAUGGAGUAAAAAUGACUUCUGAUUCCACCUCAAUAGAGAAUCCUCUUUAUCAGGAUGCCACAACAUGACCAUGAUUUUACAAAUACUCAGUGAUUCUAAAAAUACUCAAACUGUGAUUUUUCCUGGACCAAUACUCAUAAACUUCUUAAUCAUUUGUUUUUUCUGUUUCUUGUUUUUGUUCUUUGUUGUGUUUGAUAAAUGAAAUAAAAAUAUGCUUUUCAAUUGUGGAAGAGAAUCCAGUUA